AUGAAUAACUCGAACCCAUUAGUGACUGCCAUAAUGAAGGCCAGUAUCUAUGCGAAUAGUGAUUUUCUAAAUGCUAACCUGGGAAAUAAUCCAAGUUAUACAUGGAGAAGCAUCAUGGCUGUACAAGAUAGUAUGAAGCAUGGGAGUAGAAGGAAAAUAGUUGAUGGAAAGGACACUCGGGUCUGGCAAAUUCCUUGGUUGCCGUGUCGUGUUGAUGGGUAUGUUACUACUGAUAUGCAACAGGAAUUGGCGAAUACCACAGUGCAUGGAUUGAUGAUAACUGGGAGUAGGAGUUGGGAUGAUGAUAUUCAGGAGGAUAUGUUUAAUGAGAGAGAUAGGCUUUUGAUUCAACAAAUACCUUUAUCUAGUCGUUUUACUGGACAUGAUGCUUGGUAUUGGAUUUGUGAUGAGAAAGGAGAGUUUACUGUUAGAAGCUGUUACAGACAAAUUCGAGGGGAACAGAUUUGUGAGAAUAGGACAUUUUGGAAGACGUUGUGGGGAAUUAAAUUACCAGGUAAAAUGUUGAAUUUUAUAUGGCGUGCUUGUUCAAAUGUAUUACCCACGACAACAGCACUGGCUAUUAAAAAUGUAGCGGUGAUGCAAUCAUGUUCAUGGUGCCAUGAGUAUAAUGAGGAUGCAGCUCAUGUAUUAUUCACAUGUUGUUUUGCAAAAGAGUUGUGGAAUAUGGUGGGAUUACAAAGAGUGGUUCCAGAUAGUGAAGGAGGGAAUGUGCUGCAAAUUCUUAAGCAAGCUUUUCAAACUAGUACUAAGCAGCAGUGUGCUCAAAUUGGUUUACUGUGUUGGAGUUUAUGGGUACGGCGAAAUAAUUGGGUAUGGGAGAGAAAAGCCAUGUCGGCUUUUGGGGUUAAUGCCAUGGCUGUAAACUUAUUCCAGGAAUGGAAAAGAGCUCAGGAGGAUGUUUCUACGAGCAACAGACAACCCCGGAUGCAGCAGUGGUGCAAACCGCCACCAGGGUGGAUUGAAAUCAACAUUGACGCCUCUUGUCAAGUUGAUUAUGACUUCAUUGGAGCGGGAUGUGUAGUUCAGGAUGAGAAUGGAUGUUUUAUGCGUGCACGUACUUGUCAGAUUAGAGGCAGAAUGCAAGCAAAGGAAGGGGAAGCCAGACGUCUCAGAGAAGCAUUACUUUGGAUCAGGCAAUGGAGAAACACGAAGUGCAUUUUCGAGACGGACACCAAGAUAUUGGUUGAUGUUAUUCAUGGAGACAAGGGAAAUUCCAUUUUUCAUACAAUUGUUGAAGAUUGUGUGGAAAUUCUUAAACACUUUGAGGAAGUGUUAGUUGUUUUUACUAAAAGAUCUGCGAAUAAGGUAGCACAUUUGUUAGCUCAAGCUACUUAUUCUGUGCCAGAUCCUAUGGAGUGGUAUAAUACUGCUCCAGAUUUUAUUUGUAAUCUAAUUAUGGAGGAGAGUUAA